AUGUCAGUCUUGACCAAUCAAAACGUUAAGGAGGCUGUCAUCGGACUGAAAAGCCUAUCAAGAUUCGGCACGGUCUACGUCGGGCGACUCCGACGUUAUCACCCACCCUCCAUCCCUAGCGCUGAUGGUACCCCCGCACCUCCGCCUUCCACCAAUCAUGAUGCCCCCGCUCAGAGCGCGGAGGCUUAUUCGCCAUCUCGCGCUCCAGAUGGCUCAGCCUUUCCACCGCGCGCUACAGGCCCCGAGCGGUCUCGACCUCCUCGCACUGGUCACGCCACACAGUUUCAGCGUGACAGCCCUGUACCCCUCGUUGAUAGUGCUGACCACGUCCGUCAUAUCGUGGAGGCGAUCUUGGAGCACAACGAUCAUCGUGCCACUCCCCAACGAACGCGUACGGGCCGCGGGUCUCACGCCCGCGACGCUUCCAUCCCUCCGCACCGCCAGUACCUCUUGAAUGGCGCCAUGUAA